AUUGUAGAUGUGCUGCAGAUGCGGGGUCGGGCGUUCAGCUCCGUGUCCAUCGUUUCAUGUAUGAUAAGGGUCUGGUGUAACUAGCAUUGUCGUACGCAAAAACAGCCAGAUUUCGAAGUUCCAGACUGUGACCACACCAUGCGUUUGCUAACCUGCGCUUCGAUACUGACGAGCCUGAUUCGUGCCGCUGCUCAAGACAUAGAUUACACCGAAUUUGUGAACCCAUUUAUUGGAUCUGAGGGUGCCAUCACAGGUUAUGCAUAUGGCGGGGGUAAUGCCUUCGUCGGUGGAGCAGUACCCUUUGGCAUGAUCAAGAUCGGCUUGGACACUUACGAGGAGCCUGUAAACCAGAGUGCCUUGAAUGGUGGAUGGACUCCACAAGGAUAUGUCACUGCCAUCAGUUUGAUGCAUGAGUCCGGAACCGGAGGCGGACCCAAGUAUGGCUUUCCCGCGCAAAUGCCCUUGACAUCGAUUGAUGGCGACGUCAACCUGCUAGAUAACAGAACGUAUUGGCAGAAGAGGGAAGGUGAAGAUGUGGCGACUGUGGGCUUUUUCCAAACAAAGCUCGAAUCCGACAUAACAGUUACACUGUCGGCGUCGCGUCAUGCUGGGAUACACCAAUACACGUACCCAACAACAUCGGAGAGUCAUGUGUUGGUCGACUUCUCGCACUACCUGCCGCACCCCACCAGAUCCUGGGACACCCAAUUCUACACAGGCGGUGAGAUCGAGAUACAGUCCAAUUCAAGUAUCUAUACUGGAUAUACCUCAAUCGCAGGAGGUUGGUGCAUCGGCGCUCCAGUCACUGUGUACGUUUGUGGGGAGUUUGAGACACCUCCCAACGAAGCUCGGGCUUUCAAGGGCAAGAAUACCUUCCCAGUCAGCCGCCACUUCCGAGGCUUCAACAACGCCACGACACCAUCGCCGACGUUCACCGGAAACAGUGCCCGCUCUGGACCUCUGAACGAUCGCGUGGGUGCCAUAUUUACAUGGAACAACGUCACAGAGGUAAAGUCAAGAGUCGGCAUCUCGUUCAUGUCUGUCGACAAAGCAUGCCAUUACAAAAAUGCCGAGAUACCCAGCUGGACCAUUGAAAACACUGUGCAGGCAGCACGGGAUGAAUGGAACCGAGACGUCUUCUCGAAGGUCCGCGUCGACACUACAAAAUCAGCGAACCAGACAAGGCUGGCGCUCUUAUAUUCAAGCUUGUACUUUAUGCAUCUUAUACCAAGUGAGCGCAUUGGCGAGAAUCCUUUGUGGGAAAGCGACGAGCCGUAUUGGGACGAUUUCUAUACGAUGUGGGAUCUUUUCCGCAAUCAAGUCUCGCUGUGGCACCUCAUACAGCCGUCUUACUAUGAGUCUAUGCUUAGGUCACUCAUUGAUAUGUUCAGAAACGAAGGUUGGAUCCCGGACGGUCGCUCGGGUAACUACAACGGUCUAGUGCAAGGUGGUUCGAACGCAGACAACGUACUCGCCGAUGCGUAUGUCAAAGGAUUGAGAAGCAACAUUAACUGGACCGAAGGUUAUGCCGCUGUCAAAAAGAACGCAGAAGUCCUGCCUUACUUCGAUGAGAACCCAGUCGACCCUCAAGGCUCGCUUAAAGAAGGCCGGUCAGCCCUUGAUGACUGGAUUCUGCUGGGUUACGUGUCGACGGACCGCAACUCCCGCGCUGUCUCGAAGACAGUCGAAUAUGCCCUCAAUGACUUUGCCGUGAGCCAAAUUGCCGCUGGCGAGGCUCCUGAAGACCGUGACCUAUACUUGCGGAGAUCAGCUGGUUGGCAACUUAGCUGGGACGCCGAAGCAUCCUCCCGUAACUUUACUGGCUUCGUAAUGCCGCGUUUCGCAAACGGCAGCUUCGAUAAGAACUACAACAUCACGAACUGUGGAGAUUGCAACUGGUCCGACGAGAGCUACGAAGGCACUGCAUUUGAAUACUCUUUCGUCGUCCCGCACGACAUCGAGCGAGUCAUCGAUCUUAUGGGCGGUCCAACGCUCUUUGAAUCACGACUUGAUUAUGUGUUCCAACCUAACACCUCGGGUGUCGAUCUAGGCGUGAAUGGUCUCGGUAUCACCACGAUCAACAAUGUUGCAAACGAGCCUGAUUUCCAAACGCCAUAUCUUUACAACUACCUCAAUAAGCAAUGGAAGAGCGUUGAGCGUUCGCGACAGUUGGCGAACGAUUUCUACUUCAACACGAGUAAUGGUAUACCUGGGAAUUCCGAUGCCGGAGCGUUGAACUGUUGGCUGGUGUGGCAGAUGCUGGGCCUGUACCCAAUCGUCACGACACCCGUCUAUCUUCUUGAAAGUCCAUGGUUCUCGGACAUCAAUAUCACGAUCAAUCACGACAAAACGCUGAGGAUCAGGGCAGAGGGUCUAAAUGAUGGAGAUGGCAAACAGGGCUUUUACGUCCAGGGUGUCACGAUCAACGGAGAAGAGUGGAACAAAAACUGGUUCGAGCACGAAGACGCGGGAGGCAUUAUGACUGAAGGUGGUGAGAUUGUUUUUACGCUUGGUAGCGAACAAACGAUCUGGGAGUCGGGCGACGUACCUCCUAGUCCAGGUCACGCCGACUUGAACUUUGAAAGCGGAGUACAGUGAAGCGAACAUCACUUUUCAUCUAGGAACGCUAGUCUUCCCUCCCUCAUCGCCUUUGCGGUCAAAAGUACAGCGCAUCUUAUCUCAUCAGACUUUUGCAGUGAUCUAGUAUCUGAAGGCUUUUACUAGACAAAAGCAAACUUCUUGUUGUCGUUUCGUCAGAGGCAUCGUCAGUGGCGCAGCGGGUUUGUCAGCAGAGGUGAUGGUACAGCUCUAGGUCAAGUAUGUUCAGGAAAGGGAUUUGCCGUGUUCUGUUACAGUCCUCGACAUAGUUUCACGAGAAAAAAGUUUGAGACGGAAGAGAUGAUGUUGACGUAAAGAAAAAGGUAUGGUAGUGUAAGGGAA